UUUGCUGCUCACGGUUUUGUUCGGACAAGUCGCGUUUUUCUCUGCGCGAUCAUACUUCCGACCAAGACUCACAAGGGUAGCACAAGGUUGACUCUUCCAAGAGUUCCCGCACUACAGACAGACACGGGUUCAGUCUCCGUACGGCAACGCGGUCAUCCUUCAAAGUUUUUGUCGUUACUCCUUUACGGCGAAAAAUCGGCUUUUGGCAGGCUUACAUUUCCACUGUCUUUCUUUUCUUCCACAUAGACUAUUUGCAUGGCUGAAGAGGUCGACUAUGAGGCACUCCCAUCCAAUGCAAGCCUUGGGGUUAACAUGCUCGCCGGAGCUCUGGCUGGUAUCACAGAGCACGCAGUCAUGUUCCCAAUAGACAGCAUAAAAACACGAAUGCAAGUAUUCGCCACGUCACCUGCCGCCGUUUACACAGGGAUCGGAAAUGCAUUCACUCGGAUAUCAUCUACGGAGGGCAUGCGAGCUCUGUGGCGAGGAGUCUCUUCAGUGAUAUUGGGUGCGGGACCAGCACAUGCCGUUCACUUUGGGACGUAUGAGGCGAUGAAGGAAUUGGCGGGCGGGAAUGCUGCUGGAAAUCAAUGGCUUGCAACAUCACUGGCAGGUGCAUCCGCCACCAUUGCUAGCGAUGCCCUGAUGAACCCCUUCGACGUCAUCAAGCAACGCAUGCAGGUGCACCAGUCGGAGUUCCGCUCCGUGUUCACCGCAUUGCGGGUCGUGUACCAGAAGGAGGGCCUCGCCGCGUUUUAUGUCUCGUAUCCCACUACCCUGACGAUGUCGGUUCCAUUCACGGCCGUGCAAUUCACAGUCUAUGAACAUAUGAAAAAGCUUCUAAAUCCGUCGGGCGACUACUCACCCGUCACGCAUAUGAUUGCAGGCGGUAUGGCGGGCGGCGUGGCCGCAGGUGUAACCACGCCUCUGGAUGUCGCGAAAACCCUCUUGCAGACUAGAGGUUCAUCACAUGAUCCCGAGAUUCGAAGAGUCAAUGGAAUGAUGGAUGCGCUUCGUAUAAUAUGGAGGAGAGAUGGAAUAAAAGGGUUCGGACGGGGAAUGUCGCCACGGGUUUUGACGCACAUGCCUAGCAAUGCGCUAUGUUGGCUAUCUUAUGAAUUUUUCAAGGUUGCUAUUCGCGAGCAAUGACACAUUGCGUCCUCCAUAGACAGUAAGGCACGGACCGUACUUUCAUGAUGCUACUUUAGUGUCAUUUCAUCACUAUCGCAUCUAUCUCCGAUACAUUACUAUCAGGUUAUUCCAGUCAGCUGCCGUAUAACGCUGACAGUCUUUGAGAUUC